GUUCGAAAACCAACAGACUAAAGUUCGAAGGCCUGGCAGUCGAUACCUAAUCAGUGAUUUUCAAAAAUAUUUUCCCCAAAGUGCAUAAACAAAUGUGUCAAUGAAGACACCGGACACCAAAGCCAAGUUGCUGAAUAAUAUAAGUCUAUCCAAACAUCUGUCUUCCAAGAAAGGCGGCUCUCGCACUAGUAACUGCGGCAAUUGUCUGGAAUUCUCCGUGCUGACGCGUCUCUCCAGCGUGCCCUGAAUCCCCCAGUCGUCCAAGCUCACCCAAGCUCCUGUUGAA